GUGUGUGUGUGUGUGUGCGCGCGUGUGCGCGUGAUUAUAGCAAGACCAGACAUUUUUAUUCUACCAAAGCUAGAGCUUGUGUCCUGGUAGGAUUUAGCUUAUUCCCCGUGAGCAUUUCUAUUAGUUUUAAAUUCACAGACUUCCUUGUUAGAGGAAAGCCAUGUGCAUUUCUUCCCCCAAAGAAUAUUUGGGCACUUUUGCUGGGGAUCUAGAGAAGGUGGAAUUAAAUGUUGCUUUAAAUUUCUAGGAAGCCAAAAUAAAUAAUCUUUUGCAAGCAGAGAGAGAUUUCACCGUCCGGCAGAUGUGGGGGCCUGCUUGUUCUGUGACCCUGGUUGCAGGGAUUUGCAUUUCAUCUGGUGGACAGGAGCUUUCAGGAAAUCCCUGUUUCUCUGUGCAAGGUUGAAGAUGACAGUGAUUCAGACACCUAUAGAGAAGAGAAUGAUGAGCAGGGAAAUUACUUGAAAAGGAAGGUCGUCUCCAACUGGGAUCGAUACCAGGAUACUGAAGGAGAGAUCAACACUGAGAGUGGUGAAUCGCAGAGGGGAACAGACUUCAGUGUCCUUCUGAGCUCUGCAGUUUCCAUAGCAGUGUUGGUGCACUGGGCAGGGUGUACGGGAAGCAGAGGGCUCUGACCUGUAAGCCACACUCAGAACUGGGUAGUCCCCAGUUACCUGCCUCAGUAGCUUCAUGUGCUGUGAACAUUACUUGAAGAUUUGGGACAAAAGAAGGGACUCCUUCUCACAAUUCCGGUUUGCUGAGGAGAAAGAAUGGGAAGGUGACGCCUCAUGUCCAAAGCAGAAUUCAGCACUUUAUGUGGAUAGUGAGUCACUGGUUCGAGCCCUUCAAGAACUGCCUCUUUCACUCCGACUCAAUGUUGCUGCCGAGCUGAUCCAGGCUACAGUUCCUUUAGAGCUUCCUCAAGUGAAACCAAAGAGAAAUGAUGAUGGCAAGAGAACAGGGAUGCAAUUAAGGGGCUCUGUUUCUGAGUUGAGAGCCCCUGCUGUUGGCUGUCCCAGGUCCCUGGGUAGAGAUGGCCCCCUGGGGGGAUCUCAGGCAGCCCCAGACCAUUUGGAAGAGGAACUAGAUCUGCUGCUGAAUUUAGAUGCGCCAGUGAAAGCAGGAGGGAGCAGCCCACCAGCCAGGACACAGCAGGACCUGAAAUCUGAGAACGGGGAGGUGGCCCAAAAGGAAAAAGAACCAUCUGUGACAGAGGAAAAGAACACAGAAUCUGAGCAGCCAACUACAUCAAAAAAUGUUACCGAGGAAGAGCUGGAAGACUGGCUGGACAGCAUGAUCGCCUGAGGGAUCAAGAAGCAAGUUUCCAUUGCCUUCCAAGUAAGCACAGCCACAGGCCAUGCUUGAGGGCCAGCUGGCAGUCCCUGUGUGGCUCAGAGCACUGCUCGCUGAAAGACCUGGUAGAGGAACAAGCUGCCUUUGUUUUCUGGCUGUUUCCUUAAGGGCAGGGGAUGUCCCAGCCAUGUUUGUU